AUGCCAGAAAUCGAUAUCCAUCUCGAUGAUGAGCAUAUUGAUAUUCUGAUGGAUAAUCAUGACGAUCCUACAGAAUUCGCUGACAUUGACGAUCAGAGUACAACUUACUACUCGUGCCGAUCUAAUAAUAAAGACAAAAAAUAUUCCAUUGAAUGCAAAGACGUAGUUCAGAUUUCGGAAGUCAACGAAGCCUUCAACAAUUUGUACAAAAAAAUGAUUGAUUCGACCAAUUUAGCCCACACUGAAUCUCCCAAUUACUCAACCAACUACAAACAAUCUAUCCCUGGCAUACAUUUCAGUAUUCAUUCUUCCACCUUUUUUCAAGUGAACAAUAUUAAAAUAUUACCGGAAUUUAGGUCUAAAGAAUUCGUAGAUGCGCUGCCAGUAAAGAUGAGUGUAACCGUAUUAAACCUCGCCCACAACGCAUUCUCAAAUCUGCCCAAGACGUUUUUCAAAUUUUAUCUUGAAAUCUAUAAAUUAGAUUUGAGUUACAAUAAUUUUAAGUCAAUAUCAAAUACAAGGAUAUCUUCGUUAAAAAGUCUAACAACCAUAAAUCUAGGGCAUAACCUUUUAGCUGAAGUGAACUUAACUGAUUUUAACAAAUUUUUCAAAUUGAAGUAUCUUUAUCUCGGUAAUAACCCUUUAAAAACAUUUAACCAUUUUGAUAAAUCAAACUUACCUGCUUUAGAAACCUUUGACGUAUCGCAUUGUAAUUUAACGUACGAGCCUCUGAACCACACCAAAAUUUUCCCGAGCCAAUUAAAAAAUUUUAACAUAAAUAAUAAUCCUGUGCUUUGGUUUCCUAUCCCAUUUAUUAACAGCGUCAUAUCUAUUCGAGUGAAUCUGUCGAUCGAAAACUGCAGCAUCGUUUGCAGCUGCCAAAAUAGUAUACUUUUAUUCUACUUAUCGUCACUAUUGGAAGAAACAAAAAAUCCUGAAGAUAAAAUGAUAUUUUAUCGACCUAUGUGCACCUGGCCAUCGGGGAUGAACAAAUCUGCCCUACAGUGGUACAUGGAUAGGAACAAAACUUGCGAAAUUAAAUGCCCCGUGAAAAUGCCAUGCGAUUGCAUGGAAAACACUUUAAAUAUCAUAUCGUGCGUGUAUUCAUCUUAUAAAGUCAUCCAAGAUAUUAUAUGCGAAGCCGCCGAUGCAUUAAAUGUGAAUGACAUCGAGAUGCGACUUGUUUAUAUAACAUUCGACAACGGCUAUAUACCCUAUGAUUUCCUUACGAAUAUUAAGUUUACUAUUCUCCACAUUAUAUCUUCCGGUAUCACAGAGUUAAGAGACAAAUUUCUGGGCUCUACUCGCAAAGAAAUUACAUUAUUAUCCCUAGUAGGCAAUCUUAUCACAAGAUUGAAUGAGUUUACAUUCAUGGACGGGGGGGAAAUUAUAUUGUUAUCGUUGAAGUCUAACAAAAUUUCACAAAUACAUCCGGGUUCUUUGGGUAGAAGAUAUUUAGAAAAAUUGCAAGUUCUGGAUUUAUCUGACAAUGAAAUCACCUAUCUUCCUUCAAUAGAUUUCAGUGUAAGACUAUCGAACCUCAGUUUAGCCCAUAAUCCAUUGAAAACGAUAGACUAUAAAUUUGAACCGAUAUCUAUAGUACAACUAAGUAACUCGAAUUUAAGAUGCGGUUGCUCUAUAUAUUCCCUAUCGAUAGUUAUAUCAAAGGGAACAGUACUCCUAAAUCCUGAUGGUAAAGAAAAUGUGUGCUCUUACAACACCGAUAAUAAUGAUCUAAAGAAUUCUUCAAAAAAAUCAAUCACCAAAAAUCUUCCCAAUAAAGCGAUUAAGAGUUUAAUCAACGAUAAAUUUUUAUCCGAUAACUGUUCAGACCAAAUAAAUAUAGUAAGCUUUUUUGUCGAAAAAUUAGCUUCUUUUAGUCAAGUUAAACGGUCCGGCUUUCUCGGUUCAGGCUGCAGUUUGAUGUUUGUUGGUUCAGAAGUUCGAUUUUUGCAGUCGGUCUUUGAUUUGGACCAAUAA